AUGAGGCGGGUGAUUAGCAGCUACCUGAGUGAAAGGGGAGUGAAUGUAAGGUAUGCAGGUGUGGAAGUAAGUAGAGAGACCAACAAGGGGUGCGUACAGGGGUCCAUAGGUGGACCGCUCCUGUGGGACCUCUUGUUGGAUCCCCUGCUGUGGAUGUUAGAGGAGAUGGAAGUGUUCUGUCAGGCGUUUGCCGACGACAUAGUGUUAGUGUUUGAUGGAGAUACGGGUUUAGAAGUAGAGGUCAAGGCAAACCGCAUAUUAGCAAAAAUUGACGAAUGGGGUGUCAGAAAUAAGCUGAAAUUCGCGCCACACAAGACAUGUGCCCUGCUCUCGACACGAAAACUAAAAUAUGACAAGCCACGACUUACAAUGGGGAGUGUGGACAUCCAAUAUUACGAUAAUGUUAAGAUACUGGGCCUUAUUAUUGACGGCGGCCUGACAUUCAACGACCAUGUCGGGAGCGUUUGCAAGAAGGCAAUCGCCCGCUACAAACUGUUAGCGAGAGCAGCCAGAGUAAGUUGGGGGCUUAACCCCCAAGUAGUUAAGACCAUAUAUAUCGCCGUUAUAGAACCGACUAUCUUGUAUGCAUCAGCAGCGUGGGCACCCACAGCGGAAAGGAUGGGGGUCCGAAAGAGGCUCAACACCGUGCAACGAGGUUUUGCCUUGAAGAUCUGCAGAGCAUAUCGGACUGUCUCUCUGAACUCUGCGUUGCUGUUGGCUGGGAUACUCCCUCUUGAUCUCAGAAUACUCGAAGCUUCGAGGCUUUAUGAGAUCAAGAAGGGCGUGUCGCACCCGGCGGUGAUGAGGGACAGGGAGGUGGAACGAAUGGCACCCGCGAUUGAGGACCCACAUCCGGCAGAGCAGGCAGAGCUGGGGUUCGUCUUGGUAGAUGAGGGCACCUAUGCCGACGUGGUUGACAGCCACGUCCAUAGGAUCUAUACGGACGGCAGCAAGAUUGAGGGUCGAGUCGGAGCCGCCCUUUCUGUAUGGGAAGGUGCGAUCGAGACAAAGGCCAUCAAGCUUGCGUUGUCCCCGUAUUGUACCGUCUAUCAGGCUGAGCUCCUUGCGCUCAAAAGAGCAGUAGAUAUAGCCUGCAAGAGUGGAGCGGCAAAGGUCGGUGUCCUCAGCGACUCCAGAUCGGCACUCCAGGCGGUCACCCUGAGUUCCCCUCAUCCCCUGGCUGUGCAAACACGGGCGGCCCUCCGAAAAGCUGCAUUGCAGAGGCGGGAGGUCUCCCUGUUUUGGAUCAAGGCGCACGCAGGGCUGAAGGGGAACGAACGGGCAGACGAGUUAGCCAGGGGGGCCGCUUUGGGGUUGAGGAGGAAACCGGAUUACGAUCUGUGUCCUGUUUCAUUCGUCAAGCGUAUCUUGAGACAGGAUACGAUUGGCGAAUGGGAUAGGAGAUACGAAGUAGGAGGAACGGCCGGAGUCACGAAGCUCUUUUUCCCAAGCGCUGCUGCUGCAUACAAAGUAGUCGGAAAAAUAGACAUCACACACCACACCACACAAGUACUGACUGGUCACGGCGGAUUCGCCUUCUACUUGAACAGAUUCAAGCUGAAGGAGAAUCCGUCGUGUCUAUGUCAGCCCGGAGUAGAGGAGACGGUUCCUCACCUGUUACUCGAGUGCCCAAUUUUUGCAAGCAAUAGAUAUGCUAUUGAGCAAAAAUUGGGCAUGGCGAUGACGGGUGAGAAUCUGCCUUCCGCCCUGGGGGACAAGUGUAGGGAUACUUUCUUUAAAUAUUGUAAAUAUAUUGUAGAAGUAGUCAAUAAACGAAACAAUGGCGUGUGA